GGCGGGGGCGGCCCAGGCGCAGGCGCAGUUCCCACCCAGCGAGGCGAAGUUGCAGCGCGUCGACAGGCAAUUUUAUGCAGGGUAAAAAGCCAAAAUGGUGAGGGGUAUCGGCCAGGGGACUGCAGGCAUGCUUAUGAUGGUGAUGGCAAGAUCUCAGCCCAGCAGACUGUGUUGUUCCAGAAGGACUGAUGUGCCCCCACAAAAAUAUGGACAUAUUUUACAAUAUUCCAGCAUUUCAGCUGAUGGGAGUUCAAGGGAAGAGAACAAAAUAACUGUGGAGAAUCUCUGCCGAUUAUCCGCCGAUAUUAAGAAAAUUCGCAGAUUCAAGGGAUGGGUCCUUUUUAAGGAUGUCACCUACGUGGAAGAAAUUGCUACUCUUUUACAAGAAAUGGGAGCCGGUCAGACCACAAUAGCCAGUAUUUUGGAAAGCUGUCCUGAGGCAAUCCUCCUCAGCCCAAAAGAAAUGAAUGCCCAGAGAGACCUAUGGCAGUCAGUGUGCCGAAAUGAAAAAGAACUGGUAAUGUUAAUAGAACAAUUUCCAGAGUCCUUCUUUAUGGUUAGAGAUCAUGAAAACCAGAAGGCAAAUAUCCAGUUCUUUCAAGAGUUGGGACUUAAAAAUGUCAUCAUUAGCAGGUUUUUAACCACCUCACCCAGCAUUUUUUGUACUUCAGUGGAGAAGAAUAAGCAAAUAAUUCGGACGCUGCAGGACAAUUAUCUUAAUUUAGGCGGCUCGCAGGCUAACAUGAAAGUUUGGCUAUUAAAAUUAUUAAGCCAAAACCCAUUUAUUUUCUUAAAUUCUUCAGCAACUAUAAAGGAAACCUUGGACUUUCUCCUGAAGGAAGGCUUUACAAACUUGGAAGUUCUCAAGCUUCUGUCCAAACUCAAAGGGUUUAUUUUUCAACUUUCUCCUAGUAGCAUAAAAAACAGUAUCUUUUUCUCUAAGAAUACUUUUCAGUGCAGUGAUAAAGACUUGAAAGAACUGGUGUUGAAAUGUCCUGCCCUUUUAUACUAUUCUGUACCAGUUUUGGAAGAACGCAUUACGGGGCUGCUGAAAGAAGGGAUUUCUGUGGAGCAGAUACGAGAGACGCCAAUGGUCCUCGAGUUAACUCCACAGAUUGUGCAGUACAGAAUUAGAAAGCUAAAUGCUUUAGGGUAUAGCAUACAGAGUGGAAAUCUGGAUAAUUUAAAUGGAACAAAAAAAGAGUUUGAAGCCAAUUACGGUAAAAUGCAAGCGAAAAAAGAACGUCCGUUGUUCAAUCCUGUGGCACCCUUAAAUAUUGAAGACUGAUUUGCAAAGGAGCUGGGGUACUUCUUUCAGUUGGAAGAACAAAUGAGUAAAAAUGUAUCUGGAAAAUCAAAGAGAAUAACAUUUAGUUUGUAUCUUACGGUAUGAAUCUGCUUGAAUUGUUUGGUUUCUACAAGUAGUGAAUUAAAUCAGUUAUUGCCUAGAAACACA